CCAUUCUGUCUGUCAUUCCCAGCAUGGCCGUGUGGGUGGAAGACGCGACGUCCUCGGCCAACAUCACCCUGCGCGUGCGGCCACAGCUCACCAUCGGCACCCUCAAGGAGCAGGUGUUCCAGGAGCUGGGUUUCCACCCCCGUGUGCAGCGCUGGAUCAUCGGGCAGUGCCUGUGCAGUGACGGUCGCUCCGUGGGCUCGUACGGGGUGCGGCGGGACGGGGACCCCGCGUUCCUGUACCUGCUGUCUGCGGGGGUGGCCGGGCUCACACGCCACGACCAGGCCCAGGCGCUGCUGCGGGCACUGCCAGGCCACGGGGACGGGCACGGGGCAAACAGCCCGGCCAGAGGGGCAAACAGCCCGGCCAGCGGGGCACACGCGGGGACUGCAGCGCCUCAGAGGG